AUGGCUCGCCUCGAAAUGCCUAUUAUAUUUAAGGCGUUAGUUAAAAAAGAUUAUGACGUUAUCAAAUGCAAUGUAUGCAGGAUAGACGACGGUUGGCGCCCUCCCUGUCAGGCAGUCGGAGCUGCACAAUGUGACUUCGGUGAAAUUAGGAAUCCAAAUUAUGAAAAGACUGCUCGCACACGUCACGGAUUUCGUGCGUUUUGA